AUGGAGAGAACUGAAGGAGAGAUUGCAACAAAAAAUGGCAAUUUGGAAGAGAGCUCAGGCACUAAAGAUGGUUCAAUUUCUGGGUAUGAGUCCCUUCACCACCUCCUAAGUGUCAAUCUCAAGCCUCAUCUAUACAAGGAAGUCAGUCGCUUGCUUAUUGGACUGAAUUGCGGAAAACCUCUGGAGCUUAUUGCUCUCCCGGAAUCUGCAAAAGCUCUCUCUUCGAAACAUGACUUUGACCUCCAGGCCUUUUCCUUUGAUGCUGACAAGGAGUUGUUGAGAGAACCUCGAGUGGUCAGGGUGGGUCUCAUUCAGAACUCUGUAGCUCUUCCAACAACUGCCCCCUUAUUGGACCAGAAAAGAGCUAUCUUUCAGAAAUUGAAGCCAAUCAUUGAUUCAGCAGGUGCUUCAGGAGUGAACAUAUUAUGCUUGCAGGAAGCAUGGAUGAUGCCAUUUGCAUUUUGUACCCGGGAGAAGAGGUGGUGUGAAUUUGCGGAGCCUGUUGAUGGGGAAUCAACACAGUUUCUUCAGGAAUAUGCGCGAAAAUACAACAUGGUAAUCAUAAGUCCAAUUCUCGAGAGAGAUGUUAAUCACGGAGAGACUCUCUGGAACACUGCUAUUAUAAUUGGAAACCGUGGAAACAUAAUUGGCAAGCAUCGGAAGAACCAUAUACCUAGAGUCGGUGAUUUCAAUGAAAGCACGUAUUACAUGGAAGGAAAUACUGGGCAUCCUGUGUUUGAGACGGCUUAUGGAAAGAUUGCUGUUAAUAUAUGUUAUGGGAGGCACCAUCCAUUGAAUUGGCUAGCAUUUGGCCUGAAUGGUGCAGAGAUUGUUUUCAAUCCUUCUGCAACUGUUGGUGAACUCAGCGAGCCAAUGUGGCCUAUUGAGGCCCGUAACGCUGCAAUAGCAAACAGCUACUUUGUUGGGUCAAUCAAUCGUGUUGGAACUGAGGUAUUCCCUAAUCCAUUUACUUCGGGUGAUGGGAAACCACAACAUGCAGAUUUUGGGCAUUUCUACGGGUCUAGUCAUUUUUCAGCUCCAGAUGCUUCUUGCACGCCCUCCCUCUCCCGUUACAAGGAUGGAUUAUUGAUCUCAGACAUGGAUCUAAACCUCUGUAGACAGCUGAAAGACAAGUGGGGAUUUCGAAUGACUGCUCGGUAUGAGUUAUAUGCUGACAUGCUUGCCCGCUACAUGAAGCCAGACUUCGAGCCCCAAGUCAUAUCUGAUCCGUUGUUACAUAAGAAGUCUCUGUAA